UAUGGCUUAUUGAACUAUCCAACUUUUGGUCACACCUAAAAUAGACCUACCUAGUUUUUGCAAUUUUUUCUUAAGAUCCACUUCCGCUAAAAUAAAAACAAAACAUGUCCGAAUUGCAGGAGUUCAACCAAGCGGCAGAGGAUGUGAAGAACCUGAACACCACUCCCUCGGACAACGACCUUUUGGAGCUUUACAGCCUGUACAAGCAGGCCACAGUGGGCGAUUGCAAUACAGAUAAACCGGGCUUCCUGGACUUCAAGGGCAAGGCCAAGUGGGAAGCAUGGAACAACCGCAAGGGAUUAAGCAAUGCCGACGCCCAGAGCGCCUAUAUCGCCAAGGUGAAGGGUCUGAUUGCCGCCGUGGGUCUCAAGUCCUAGACUAAAUCUUCAAAAGAUAUUGCAUUUUAAAGUCUCAGUUGUCGUCAAACGCACAAACUUUGAUAUUCUAGCUUUCGCACAAAAUACACCACAUACACGCAA